CUUGGCAAUGACUGCAGAAAUGCAUUGCAACCCGCGCGCCAACCUGUUUCUUUGCCCUUCUGGGGCGGCAAAGGGGCUGUGCAGCCAGCCAGGAGACUGUCAUUCACUGAGCGCCUAUGCACAUUGGCGCCGUGAGGAGCUGAAAAGCUUGAAGCAUCCCAGCUGGCAGCGAAUCGUCGCGGCCCUCAAUUCUGGUGAUGGCACCCCCAACGUGUAUUAUUGCCCCAGACCCCGAAGUGUCGGGUAUAGGGAUUCGGAUAUCUCUGCAUAUAACUAUCUUGCUCGUCUCGUUCAUCCCGAAUAGCUUUGGAUGGAUUCCUUCCUUCGAGCUGAGAAGUGCCCUUCUGGCGAGCGCUACCUUGAACGCCUUCUCCCUCCUACUUAUCGGCAUAAUAAAAACUGCUUCCAAAGAGCUUUCCCUCUACCAUGCAAUUUUCAUCAUCCACAACAUAUGCGUCCUUGCAGUUGCGACAAAUUUCGUCAGCGGGAGGUCCACACAAUCGCAUUUUGCAAGGGUCGGAUUGUACUGGAUAUCAACCUGGAUAGCACUCGCUGCAUUUUUAGGCUGGUCCAUUUACGUCCUGACCGAAACUCCCAAUUUUGGUUCUCAACCGGAAUGCAACGGUUCAAUUGUCUACGUGGUUUGGUUCCGGAAUGUGAGCCCGACCCACUGGGUGCGAUGGGUGGUUAUUUCUUUCAUGAGUCUGUAUGCAGUUGGGAUGGUGGGGAUCCCUUUGGGAAGUACCAUCUUUCGAUGCCUGCGGAGAGCGAAGGGCGGCGCCAGCGAACAAGUCGGUUUGCCGCAUUCCGCACAGCAUCUCAUCCUCCCAGUGUCCGCAGCGCCGACAACGGGUGCUUCGGCUUGGAGAACCACCUUUGGCAUACGGUCAAUAGAUACGGAUACAAGCAGUGAGGCAGACAACGUCAGCGUGUUUGGAGCUUUCCCCAAGCGCCCGAUAGACAUAUAUGGGACCCCAAACGAAUCCUCUUUCCGCAUGUUUGUUCAGCCAUUUGCCGCAAUUUACGGAACGGUUAUGCUUGAAUUUUUUAUUCGAAGAAAUAAUGUUGGGCCGGGUGAGGAUCGAUGGACAUCGGGGCAGAUCGUGAUCAUCUUACCGGUAGCUAUGGGGGUAAUUAACGAACUUAUUCGAAUUGUUCUUGGGGGUUUUGGACUGGGUUCCCAACAAUAAUCCACAUUGUUCAACCAAGGUAUUUAUGGCAAAGUCAUGUCCUACUUGAUUUUGGGGUUUGUGUUCUCAGGACCAAUUAGACUGGCGGCACCCUUAUAUCAAGGUCCAAUUACAAUCGCAACUAGAUUAUUUCCAGAUCAUCUCCAUGUACUGGAAUAUACACUUUAAUCCCAUGAUGAAUGACAGCAGC